AUGAGUCAUAAUGAAUCAUGUGAACAAUCUUCAGAAGAUAAUAAAAAUGAGGGAAGUAACGUUUUAACAAAUUCCACACAACAUUUGGAAAAUAACGAAAUAAACAAUUACGAUGAUGCAAAUAAAAACGAUGAAUUAAAUUCAUCACAUAAUGUCAUAAACAGCCAAGCAGGUGUGGAAAACAAACAAGAUAAUAUGUGUAAUAAUAUCAAUGAUAUAUUUUUUGAUAAAUCUGAUAGUAAUAAUAAUAAUAAUGAAAAAAAUAAUAUGAAUGAUAUAAAUAAUAUAGCACAAAAUGUACCUAACGGUUUUAUAAAUAAUAUUGGAAAUGUUGCAUAUAAUAAUAUGAAUGCAUAUCCACCUAAUAUUCCAAAAUUACCAACCAAUAUGCCAUUUUUACCACCAAAUAUGCCCAUUUUACCACCACACUUGCAACACAUGCCAAACGUAUUACCACAUUUACAAAAUAUACCAAAUGUCCCACCACAUUUAGCAAAUUUUCCAAAUAUGAUAAAUGUGCCUAAUUUACCACCACAUAUGCAUAACCUCCCUCCAAAUAUGCAUAGUCUUCCACCACAUAUGCAUAAUCUUCCACCCAAUAUGCAUAGUCUUCCACCCAACAUGCAUAGUCUUCCACCAAAUAUGAAUUAUAUACCACCAGGUUUAAAUAAUUAUAUGCCAAAUAUGAUGAAUAUGCCUCCUCCUUAUAUGAUGAAAAUGCCAAACAUGAAAAUGAAAAGUAAUAAAAUUAUUAACAACGUAUCAAAUAAUCAAGUAGAUCAUGUAAGAAAUUCCAACGUAUAUAAUGAGGAGGGAAUACCACUAAAUAAUAAUAAUAAUAAUAAUAAUAAUAAUGGGGAUUGUGCACAAGAAUUAAGCUCUUCUCAUUAUUUAUCACCAGGUUCAUACCUACCCAAUAAUAUCAAAAUGAAUAACAAUGAAAUAGACCAAUUGGAUACUAAUGGGCUAACUUUUCCAUCACAAUUUAAUGAGCAACAACAAAAAAAAUUACAACAUGGAUAUGGUAGUGGUGAUGGUGAUGAUGAUGUUGAAGGAGAUUAUUCAAUGAAUGAAAAACAAAAGAACAAAAAAGAUAUAAACUAUAAAAACAAAAAAGCAAAGAAAUAUCACGAUUUUGAAGGGGAUGAUGAAAAUUAUAAUACAAAUGGAGGAAAUGAAAAUUCGUUAUAUGAUUCAAAAACUUUUUCUAUUAUAAAGGAAAAAGCUCGAAAAUGGAAAAUGCUAAAUAGUAAAAAAUAUUCUAAAAAAAAAAAGUUUGGUGUAAUAGAAGAAAAAGAAGAAAUGCCAUGUGAACAUUUAAGAAAAAUUGUUAAGGAACAUGGUGAUAUGAGUAAUAAAAAAUAUAGAUAUGAUAAAAGGGUUUAUUUAGGUGCUCUCAAAUAUAUUCCACAUGCAGUCUUUAAAUUAUUAGAAAAUAUUCCUAUGCCAUGGGAACAAAUAAAGAACACAAAAGUAAUAUAUCAUAUAACAGGUGCUAUAACAUUUGUAAAUGAAACAUUUGUAGUUAUCGACCCAUUAUAUAUAGCACAAUGGGGUACUAUGUGGAUAAUGAUGAGAAGAGAAAAAAGAGAUCGAAAACAUUUUAAAAGAAUGCGAUUCCCACCAUUUGAUGACGAAGAACCACCUUUAGAUUAUGCUGAUAACAUUUUAGAUAUUGAACCAUUAGAAUGUAUACAAAUGAAAUUAGAUAAAGAUGAAGAUAAAAGUGUUAUUGAUUGGUUUUAUGAUUCUAAACCAUUAUUAUAUAAUAAAAAUCAUAUACCUGGUACUAGUUAUAAAAAAUAUAAAUUGUCAUUAGAACAAAUGGGAGUAUUGUAUAGACUAGGAAAUCAAUUAUUUAGUGAUUUCCAGGAUGAUAAUUAUUUUUACUUAUUCAAUCUUAAGUCAUUUUAUACAGCUAAAGCAUUAAAUAUGGCUAUACCAGGAGGUCCUAAAUUUGAACCUUUAUAUAGAGAUAUAUAUGAAGAUGAUGAAGACUGGAAUGAAUUUAAUGACAUAAAUAAAAUUAUUAUACGUCAGCAAAUAAGAACAGAAUAUAAAAUAGCAUUUCCAUAUUUAUAUAAUAAUAGACCAAGAAAAAUUGCAGUUAGUAAAUACCAUUCACCUAUGUGUGUAUAUAUAAAAUUAGAAGAUAUUGAUUUGCCACCAUUUUAUUUCGAUUUAAUUAUAAAUCCCAUACCAUCCUAUAAAAUUAGAAAGUUUAAUAAAUCAUCUGAAAAGAAUGAGAAUGAACUAUUUGAUGACGAUUUUUAUUUAACAUAUACAAGAAAGGAAAUCCAUUAUUAUCAACAUGAUAUUGAGAACAAAAGAAAGAAGUCAUCAUCAUCAUCAUCAUCUAAGAGUAGGAGACAUUCUAAGCAUUCUGAUACUGAUGAUAAUCAGUAUGAUAAAGGUCAUCGAAAGUAUAAGAGAAGGUCAUCGCAUAAAAGUUCUAAAAGGGAUAAAAGAAAAAGUACUCAUUCGAGUAAUUAUAAAGAUAGUGAUGAAGAGGACAACAAUUCAAGUGUAAGUAGCACUAAUAAUAAAAACAAUAGUGAUAAUAAUGACAAUAGUGAUAAUAGUAAUAAUAGUGAUACUUAUAUAUCCAGUAGUAAAUAUAACUCGAACAAUUUGAGCAGUAGAACCAGCAAAAAUAAGGAUGAACCCUACGAAAUUGAUAGUACUGUGGAAAAUUAUUCAGCCGAUGAUAGUUCUGAUAAAGAAAAAAAUAAAAAAAAAAGAAAAAAUCCAUACAACGAUGAUAAUAUCAAGAGUGAUGAUGAUGAUGAUAACAAUAAUAAAAGUGAUGUAAAUAAUCAGAAAGAUGAUAACAUAUGUGUUUCUAAAAAAAAUAAAAAAAUGAUUAUUAAACAUGUGGAAUAUGGAAUGCUUCCAUUGCUACACAAUUAUCCUUUAUAUACAGAACGUACUAUAAACGGUAUACAAUUAUAUCAUGCUCCUUAUCCAUUUAAUAAGAAAUGUGGAUAUACCAGAAGAGGUAUCGAUAUUCCUUUAGUUCAGUCAUGGUUUAAAGAACAUAUAUCAACAAAAUAUCCUGUAAAGGUUAGAGUAUCUUAUCAGAAGCUUUUAAAAUGUUGGGUUUUGAAUCAUUUACAUUCUAAAAGACCAAAAAGUAUGAAAAAGAAAUAUUUAUUUCGUAUAUUUAAGAGUACAAAAUUUUUUCAAUGUACAGAAAUGGAUUGGGUAGAGGUAGGUUUACAAGUAUGUAGACAAGGUUAUAAUAUGUUAAAUUUAUUAAUACAUCGUAAGAAUUUAAAUUAUUUACAUUUAGAUUAUAAUUUUAAUUUAAAACCUGUAAAGACCUUAACAACUAAAGAAAGGAAAAAAUCUCGAUUUGGUAAUGCAUUUCAUUUAUGUAGAGAAAUAUUAAGAUUAACGAAAUCGAUUGUUGAUUCACAUGUACAAUAUCGAUUAGGUAAUAUAGAUGCGUAUCAGCUAGCUGAUGGUAUACAAUAUAUUUUUGCUCACGUUGGUCAAUUGACUGGUAUGUAUCGAUAUAAAUAUAGGUUGAUGAGACAAGUACGUAUGUGUAAAGAUUUAAAACAUUUAAUAUAUUAUCGAUUUAAUACUGGAUCUGUUGGUAAGGGUCCUGGUUGUGGUUUAUGGGCUCCUUUAUGGAGAGUAUGGAUUUUUUUCUUAAGAGGUGUUAUCCCACUAUUAGAACGAUGGUUGAGUAAUUUAUUAGCUAGACAGUUUGAAGGUAGAGUAUCUAAAGGUAUAGCAAAAACGGUUACUAAGCAAAGAGUCGAAAGUCAUUUCGAUUUAGAAUUAAGAGCAGCUGUUAUGCAUGAUAUUAUAGAUAUGAUACCAGAAGGUUUAAAAAAUAAUAAAGGGAAAGCUAGAUUAAUAUUACAACAUUUGAGUGAAGCAUGGAGAUGUUGGAAAGCGAAUAUACCAUGGAAAGUGGUAGGCCUUCCAUUACCUGUAGAAAAUAUAAUUAUUAGAUAUAUAAAAUUAAAGGCCGAUUGGUGGGUGAAUGCAACUUAUUAUAAUAGAGAAAGAAUAAAAAGAGGAGCGACUGUAGAUAAGACUGUAUGUAAAAAGAAUUUAGGUAGAUUAACUAGAUUAUGGCUUAAAGCAGAACAAGAAAGGCAACAUGAAUAUUUAAAAGAUGGACCUUAUGUGAGUGGAGAAGAAGCAGUAGCAUUAUAUACAACGGCUAUACAUUGGUUUGAAUCUAGAAAAUUUACUCAUAUACCAUUUCCUCCUUUAAAUUAUAAACAUGAUACGAAAUUACUUAUAUUAGCUUUAGAAAAAUUAAAAGAAACGUUUACUGUAAAAAAUAGAUUAAAUCAAUCACAAAGAGAAGAAUUGGGUUUUAUUGAACAGGCGUAUGAUAAUCCAUAUGAAACAUUAUCAAGAAUAAAAAGACAUUUAUUAACUCAACGUGCAUUUAAAGAAAUAUCUAUAUCCUUUUUAGAUUUGUAUACACAUUUAGUACCUGUAUAUGAGGUGGAUCCAUUAGAAAAGAUAACAGAUGCUUAUUUAGAUCAGUAUUUAUGGUAUGAAGGUGAUUUAAGGAAUUUGUUUCCGAAUUGGGUUAAGCCAUCAGAUAAUGAGCCUCAACCGUUGUUAGUUUAUAAAAUUUGUCAAGGUAUAAAUAAUUUACAUAAUAUAUGGGAGACGCAAAAUAAUGAGUGUGUAGUUAUGCUUCAAACACAGUUUAGUAAAAUAUAUGAGAAGAUUGAUUUAACAUUAUUGAAUAGAUUAUUAAGAUUAAUAGUAGAUCACAACAUAGCGGAUUAUAUAACAGCAAAGAAUAAUACAAAUAUAACAUUUAAAGAUAUGAAUCAUAUUAAUUCGUUUGGUAUAAUACGUGGUUUACAAUUUUCAUCAUUUGUAUUUCAAUAUUAUACUAUAAUAAUAGAUUUAUUAAUAUUGGGUUUAACAAGAGCAUAUGAUAUAGCAGGUCCUUAUAAUGACGUAAAUCAAUUCUUAACAUUUCAGAAUGUACAGAUAGAAACACGGCAUCCAAUUAGGUUAUAUUGUAGAUAUGUGGAUAAGAUAUGGAUAUUAUUUAAAUUUACAAAUGAAGAAUCAAAAGAUUUAAUACAGAAAUUUUUGACAGAAAAUCCAGAUCCAAAUAAUGAAAAUAUAGUUGGAUAUAAUAAUAAAACCUGUUGGCCUAGAGAUUGUCGUAUGAGGAAGAUGAAACAUGAUGUUAAUUUGGGAAGAGCAACAUUUUGGGAAAUACAAAAUCGUAUUCCAAGAUCUUUAACAUCAUUAGAUUGGGAUCAUUAUAAUACAUUUGUGAGUGUAUAUUCAAAGGAUAACCCUAAUUUGUUAUUUUCUAUAGCUGGUUUUGAGGUUCGUAUAUUACCAAAAAUACGUCAACUGAGUUAUGGUUACAAUGGUAUUAUGUAUACAUCUUAUGUGAAUGAAUAUUAUAGCAAAAGUGUGGAUAAUAAAGAUGUGACGAGUAAGAAAAAUGAAUUGGCUGAUGAUGAUGAGAAGAAGAGUAAAUCAAAUAACGAUCAAAAUGAUAAUAAUAAAAACAAAAGUGAGAUUGAUAAAAACAAAAGUGAGAUUGAUAAAAACGAUAUUUAUAAUAAUAACAAUUAUGAUGGUGGGGUGAAGAACGUAGUUGUUUCGUCAAGCGUUAAGGAGGGGACAUGGAAGUUACAAAACGAAAUGACGAAAGAAAUAACAGCAGAAGCAUAUUUAAAAGUUUCUGAUAACAGCAUGAAACGAUUUGAAAAUCGAGUAAGACAAAUAUUAAUGUCUUCUGGUAGUACAACGUUCACCAAGAUAGCAAACAAAUGGAAUACUACAUUGAUUGGUUUGAUGACAUAUUUUAGAGAGGCUGUUUUAGAUACUGAAGAGUUAUUAGAUUUAUUAGUAAAAUGUGAGAAUAAGAUACAGACACGUAUAAAAAUCGGAUUAAAUUCUAAGAUGCCAUCUCGUUUCCCUCCUGUUGUUUUUUAUACUCCUAAAGAAUUAGGAGGAUUGGGUAUGUUAUCUAUGGGUCAUAUAUUGAUACCAGAAUCUGAUUUACGUUAUAUGAAACAAACAGAUAAUGGUCGAAUAACCCAUUUCAGAUCUGGUUUAUCACAUGAAGAGGAUCAAUUAAUACCUAAUUUGUAUAGAUACAUAUCUACAUGGGAGAGUGAAUUUUUAGAAAGUCAGCGUGUAUGGUGUGAAUAUGCAUUAAAAAGAAAUGAGUGUCAUAAUCAGAAUAAGAAGAUAACAUUAGAAGAUUUAGAAGAUUCAUGGGAUAAGGGUAUACCAAGAAUAAAUACUUUAUUUCAAAAGGAUAGGCAUACUUUAGCAUAUGAUAAAGGAUGGAGAAUAAGACAAUUAUUUAAGCAAUAUCAAAUAAUUAAGAGUAAUCCAUUUUGGUGGACUAACCAAAGACAUGAUGGAAAGUUAUGGAAUUUGAAUAAUUAUAGAACUGAUAUGAUUCAAGCAUUAGGAGGUGUAGAAGGUAUAUUAGAACAUACAUUAUUUAAAGGAACAUUUUUUCCAACAUGGGAAGGAUUAUUUUGGGAGAAGGCAAGUGGUUUUGAAGAGUCUAUGAAAUAUAAGAAAUUAACAAAUGCUCAAAGAAGUGGAUUAAAUCAAAUACCUAAUAGACGAUUUACAUUAUGGUGGUCACCAACAAUAAAUAGAGCUAAUGUAUAUGUAGGUUUUCAAGUACAGUUAGAUUUGACUGGAAUAUUUAUGCAUGGAAAAAUACCAACAUUAAAAAUAUCUUUAAUACAAAUAUUUAGAGCACAUUUAUGGCAAAAAAUACAUGAAUCUUUGGUUAUGGAUAUAUGUCAAGUAUUUGAUUUAAAUUGUGAUUUGUUAGAUAUUGAGACAGUUCAAAAGGAGACAAUCCAUCCAAGAAAAUCAUACAAAAUGAAUAGUUCAUGUGCUGACAUAUUAUUAUUUGCAAAUUAUAAGUGGGGUAUAUCAAAGCCGUCUUUAUUAACAGAUGAGGAUCAUAUAUUUACAAAUAAUACAACAAAUGAUUCAAGUGUAACAAAUGGUAGUAGUAAUAAUAAUAAUAAUAAUUCGUUAUCUUUUGGGGCCUUUCCUUAUACUUCUAAUCAAUUUUGGAUUGAUAUUCAAUUAAGAUGGGGAGAUUUUGAUUCUCAUGAUAUUGAAAGAUAUAGUCGAGCUAAAUUUUUAGAUUACACAACGGAUAAUUUGUCUAUCUAUCCAUGUUUGACUGGUGUAUUGAUAGGUGUGGAUUUAGCAUAUAAUUUAUAUUCAGCAUAUGGUAAUUGGUUUAAUAAUUUAAAACCGUUAAUGCAAAAGGCUUUACAAAAAAUAAUUCAAUCGAAUCCUUCUUUAUAUGUAUUAAGAGAACGUAUUAGAAAAGGUUUACAAUUAUAUUCAUCAGAACCGACUGAACCAUAUUUGAAUACUCAGAAUUAUAAUGAAUUAUUUUCAUCACAAACAAUAUGGUUUGUUGAUGAUACAAAUGUAUAUCGUGUUACAAUACAUAAAACGUUUGAAGGUAAUUUAACAACAAAACCAAUUAAUGGUGCUAUAUUUAUAUUGAAUCCUAAGACAGGUCAAUUAUUUUUAAAAAUAAUUCACACAUCUGUUUGGAUAGGUCAGAAACGUUUAUCUCAGCUAGCUAAAUGGAAAACAGCUGAAGAGGUGGCAUCAUUGAUUAGAUCAUUACCUAUAGAAGAACAACCAAAACAAAUUAUAGUAACAAGAAAAGGUAUGUUAGAUCCUUUAGAAGUGCAUUUAUUAGAUUUUCCAAAUAUUAUAAUCAAAGGAACAGAAUUAAAUUUACCAUUCCAAGCAUUAUUAAAACUGAAUAAAAUAGGAGAUUUAAUAUUAAAAGCAACACAGCCACAAAUGUUAUUAUUUAAUUUGUAUGAUGAUUGGUUAAAUAGUAUAUCAUCUUUUACAGCUUUUAGUAGAUUAAUAUUAAUAUUAAGAAGUUUACAUAUAAAUCCACAACAAACAAAAAUAUUAUUACAACCAAAUAAGAAUAUAAUAACACAACCACAUCAUAUAUGGCCAUCAUUUAAUAAUAAUCAGUGGAUACAUUUAGAAGUACAAUUGAAAGAUUUAAUAUUAAAUGAUUAUUCUAAACGAAAUAAUGUACACAUAGCAUCAUUAACCCAAAAUGAAAUAAGAGAUAUUUUAUUAGGUAUGGAAAUAACACCCCCAUCAAUACAAAGACAGCAAAUAGCUGAAUUGGAAAAGAAUAAUUUAGAUUCAAUGGAACAACAAAUGAAAAUAACAACCUCAAAAACUACAACCAAGCAUGGAAAUGAGAUAAUAGUUUCAACAUUAUCACCACAUGAACAACAAACGUUUACAACAAAAACGGAUUGGAAAAUAAGAUAUUUAGCAAAUAAUUCAUUAUUAUUUAGAACAAAAAAUAUAUAUGUUAAUAAUAUGAAUAAUAAAAGUGGUACCAAUUCAGAGAAUCAAAAUAGUUAUUAUAAUACAAGUAUUAAUUCUAUUAAUGAUUAUACAUAUGUAAUAGCAAAAAAUUUAUUGGAAAAAUUCAUAUGUAUAUCAGAUUUAAAAAUACAAGUAGGAGGAUUUUUGUUUGGAUCUUCCCCUGAAGAUAAUUCAUAUGUCAAAGAAAUUAAAUGUAUACUAAUUCCACCUCAAAUAGGCAAUUACCAAUCAGUCACAUUAUCAAAUUAUAUGCCAUCUAGUAAAUAUUUAAAAAACUUAGAAUUGUUAGGAUGGAUACAUACACAGACAACUAAUUGUUCUAAUACGAAUAAUCAUUUGACAACAUAUGAUAUGGUAUCUCACUGGACCUUUUUACAAGAGUGUAAGAGACAAAUGUCGAAAGGAAGAAACGUUGAUGGUGUGAAUGACAAUGAUGAGGAUGAUGAGAAUUAUGAUGACAGUAAUAACAAUAAUGACAAUAAUGAAAAUAAUAAUAAUAAUAAUGAUAAUAAUGAUAAUAAUAAUAUUGAAGAGGCAUACAAAAUGUGGGAUAAAAAUAAAACUAUAAUUCUGACCUGUUCAUUUACUCCUGGUAGUUGUACUAUCAAUGCAUAUAAAUUAACAAGUGAUGGAUAUUCAUUUGCUAAAAGUAAAAAGAAUUCAUCAGAUUUAUAUGUAUUCCCAAAUGUAAAUAAUUUAUAUGAACCUGUACAAAUAUUAUUAUCAAAUGUUUUCGUUGGAUACUUUUUAAUACCAGAUGAUCAUAUAUGGAAUUAUAAUUUAAUGGGAAUCAAAUUUAAUAAUCAUCAAAAAUAUGCACCACAUCUUGAUAUACCACAACCAUUUUAUGCAGAUAUACAUAGACCAAAUCAUUUUCUACAAUUCUCAUUGCUUGAUCAAAGAGACGCCGACGACGCUGACGUCGAAACGUCUUUUAUAUGA